AUGGCCGUAGUAUUGACGGAACAGCACUUAACUCCCCCUAUUAACUACUGCAGCGUGGCUAUGGCCUGCAUUCACGACUCGCGGCCAGUCUGUGCGUCCACACCUGAUGGAUGCAGUCGGCGCAACUUCCUUGAUCAGUGCGACAUGUUCGAAUACAAUUGCGAUUAUGGCGCUGAAUACACCACAUCACCCACGAGCUUAUGUGAACGUGGCCCUGGAGAUUUUUCUUGUUAA